AUGUCGUGGCGCGCGCUACUGAGAGAGGCGUGGGACAGAGCGGCUUUGAUGACCCAAUUCGCGUGCUGCUACCAUGUGUUCACGAACUACGUCAUGGAUGUCACCAUGUGCAUGGGUCCCAGCAUGCUUCCCACAUUGAACGCAGCAGGGGACGUGGUCCUACUAGAGCACAUCACGCCCGCGCUGCACGCCUUAAAGCCCGGCGACAUUGUCGUCGCCAAGUCCCCUUCCAACCCGCGCAUGAUGGUGUGCAAGCGGGUGGUGGCGAUGGAGGGGCAUGAGCGCGUGGUGGCGAUGGAGGGGAGUGAGGUGCAUGCCAUGCCUCCUGCGACCAGGGGAUUCAUGGGUGGACGAGGCAAGCAUGCGGAAACUCAUACAGUGGUGAGUGUUUGA